UGGGCAUGGUCUGGUCCCAACCCACCACGUGGGGCUUGGGAAUUUGGCAGUGGUGGGGACUGUAUUAAUUACUACUGCUCCGAUGACACCAAAUGCCCUGAUCUGUAGGGGUCCCUGUGGGCCAGGUACCAUGACUCUGGAGGUCAUAUUUGUCUCACGAGCUAGAGUUGAGCACCCGUGUGCUAAACAAUGAGAAUGGGCCUUAUAGUUUGAAUUUUGCCAUGUGGGACCUCUGCUUCAGUACCUCACCAGCCAGGCUUGGCAUUCACAUUGCUCUUGGGUAAAGCAAAGUCCUUGAAAGCAAAUAAGCAUCCUUCCCAGAUAUCUACCUAACCAUGUUCUUUGUGCAUCCUCACCACCCCUUCCCCAGUAUAAUUUAUGAGGUGACAGGGAUGUGGCUGUUCGGGAAGCUGUUCUGCAAAGUGUGGAUCUCCUUUGAUGUCAUGUUCUGCACGGCGUCCAUUGUUACCUUGUGCUUUAUCAGCCUGGAUCGAUACUGCUCCGUGGUGACCCCCUACCAUUAUUCGAAGAGGAUGUCACGUGGCAGGUGCAUUGUGAUGACUUGCAUGGUCUGGGUGUACUCCUCCCUCAUUUCCUUUCUACCCAUCAUGCAAGGCUGGAAUGAGAUCCCUGGCGUAGAUUUUGAUGCUGGCAGAGAGUGCAUCUUUGUCACCAACUGGACUUUUGCCAUCGUCGCUUCUGCCCUAGCCUUUUUUGUCCCCUUCAUGGUCAUGUGCAGCAUGUAUUUCUUCAUCUAUCGAGCGUCACGGCUCAAAGCUACCCGCAUAGUCUCGCAGGCCCUUGAGAUUCACUACCACCCCAACAGCAAGCGGCCGAACAAUCUACAGCUGGAGAACAAAGCCACUCGGACAAUUAGCAUCAUCAUCUCGGUCUUUAUACUGUGCUGGUUACCGUACUUUGUCCUGAAUGUAUGGCUAGCUGCUAAAGGGGCUGAUUCCACCAGCUCGGUCCUGGCUGAUACCUUUAAGAUCAUAACUUGGCUGGGUUAUUGCAAUUCUACCAUUAACCCCAUGCUCUAUGCUUUUCUGAAUCGGGACUUCCAGCGGGCUCUGAAGAAGCUACUUUUCUGCAGGCGCAGGUCUCAGGUGGACAUUGGAGAAGACAUGGUUUCAAUAGCCACCUUUACUAAGACUGCUCAGGACCUGGAGUACAGCAUUAAAGUGCCAUUGUCUUCUGGAACCCUGAAAAACAAGACAAAACAGUAAGAGGUCCAAGCUGUUUAUUGCAGGAUGCGACCGAAAGCACGCAGAGUGACUGGAGAGCAUUUGGGGGGUGGGAUUUAUUCAUUGAACUAUUUUCAUUUUUGGGUGCAUAUUACAAAUCAACUGGCUUUGAUUUGUGUGAAAUGCAAGGAAUGAUAAUGCCAUUGUUAUUUCAUGCUCUUUUGUGCUUAGCACAAAACUAGUAGCGCAUGGGAAAACAGGAAAAGACCUUGGCCUCCCCGCUAAACUCUCCAUAACCAAUUGGGCUAUUUUGCAUUAAAAAUGACUAUUCAUAAAAAUAACAAAUUAUUGGGGUUCCAUGGAGUUUCUUCUGGGUGUUGUUUUAGGUCUUUAUUAAGGAUUUGGAUGUCAAAAGAGAACUCCCUGAUGAAGGGUGCAGAUGGCAAAACUCAAAACACUCAGGAGGACAGGAUUCAAAUUCAAAAGAAUCUCCAUAGAUUGGAAAACUAGAUAAGAAUGAAUUUGGCAAAGACAAAUGUAAGGUGCUACAUUUAGAGAAGAAAAACAGAGUGCAAAAAGCCAGAAUGGGAAAUAACUGGCUGGGCAACGGUGUUGCUGAGAAGGAUCUGAGGGUUUUGGUGGAUCACAGAUUCAACCUGAGUCAGCAAUGUGAUCCAGUGACAUUAAAAAGAAAUGCCUUAACAAGCACUGUACAGAAGAUACAAGGGGUGAUUGCUCCUCUCUGCUUAGUGUUGGUUAGGCCUCAGCUGGAAUAUUGUGUGCAGUUCUGGGCUCCACAUUUUAAGGAUGUGGAGAAACUAGAGAGGAUCCAGAGGCAAGUGACGAUGAUAAAGGGGUUGAAAUGUAAACCAUACCUGAUUCUUUCCCGUCUGUCUUCAUGCAUUUAAUUGGAGGAGACUAAGGGUUGGGCACUUGGUAGCAAUUUGAGUAUUUGAAAGACUACUGCAAGUGGGAAGACACAAAGCAAUGGGUUGAAACUGCAGUAAGAGAUUUGGAUUAAAUCAGGGGAAGGGGGAACCUUCCGUAACUGUAAGAAGAGUAGGAAAUGGAACAAGAGGCCCAGGGAACUUGUGGGAUCUCUUUCAUUCGAGGUUUGCAAGAGAAUUUGUUGUAUUUAGGAACAGCUCAUUGUGCAGCAGGUUGGACUAGAUGACCCUUGAGGUCUUUUCCAACUCUACAGUUCUUUGACUCCUCCUACAAAGUGGGGCAUCUGCACAUGCACUUUACUAUGGAGUUGACUAAUUAGUGCUGCAAUAAAGUAUCACCAGCUAUACAUGCAGCAUUAUUAGGCCACAGUAAACUAAUUAAUUCUGCUGUAGGAUAGUACUGCCUGAUACAAGUACUAUCCUAUGGUGGAGUUAUUUAGUGCACCACAAUACACAUGUAGAUGGUGACUGGGGAUGGCUGGGGCACGAGUGUGCUACAACGUGGGGAUCUGUCUGCUGGUUAGCCCCACCCUGGAGCACCUUUGUACUCCAGCAAGCCCCUCCGCAGUAUGCUGAGCUGGGCAGAGCAGCUCUGUUCUGGUCAGCUGACACCCCCCCCCCGGCUCCCUACCAGCCAGGACUGCACCGCUCAACAUGCUGCAGUCCAGGUCUCAUGUGCAACUGUUGUGCCCAGGAGCAGUAAAUUGUGGCAUGAACUGCACUGGAGUUUAUUUGGGAGCACUAAUUUCAUGUGUAGAUGCACCCAGUGAUGUGUUCACAUAGAAAAAAAACUUGAUAAAACCAAUAUGAAUUGUGUUGUUUUUAGCCUGGGCAUGUACUAACACUGAGCACAUGCACUUCACAGCAAGUCAGUACAGCCCACAUUCAGCAAAAUCCACUUGAUUCAGUUUUUCAAUGCAACUACUCAUGUCAGAGCACAUACAUGGGGUUUUGCAGGAUUUAGUCCCGAGUGAAAUCUGCUCCAGUGCAGAAAGCCAGCGCGCACACCAGGUACUGCUUCCAACAACUUCAGCAGUGGCUAGGUCUGGGGCCAUCUCCGCACAAGACUGAAUUUCACCCCAGUUGUCUUCUGAUGUAUAAAGUUGAAAACUAUAAACUUUCAAAACUCAGUUGAAACCUGGAGGAUACCAGAGCCAUGCUUCAUAAGGAGUGCAUACAGGUAGGGGAAAUGGUCUUAAUGUACAGAAAUUGUGUGCAUUCUCUUUGUAAAUGUGAACUAUUAGAGAGUCCAGGCAUUGUUCUUCUGUGCUGUCUCUGAGGAGACUUGUCAUGUUUAAUAUGUAAAUAGAACUUACCAUGCCCCGAGACCUUUGGCAGGGUAGUUACAAACAGAAGAGACGGGAGAAAACCAGAGUAAGAUAAAAUAUUCAUCUAGGAAACUUAUACAGCAUGUCACUGAGGAGAUUCAAAGGUGUACAAGAGAGACCAGACAGGCAGAUGAGAAAUGCAAGGCAGCAGUUCUAACAUGUUACAGAACCACUGGUAUGGAAAGACGCAGCUGCUGAAUUAUCAAGAGUAUUUAAGUUGACCAGACUUGGACGGUAACAAAAUCUUGCUGGUAUGAGGACUGAAACAUGCUGGUGAUCACAAGCCACUAAAUGAACCUUCCCCCAUGCACUUACUAGCUGGAUCUGAGGGAAGACCACACAUCUGUUUCACUCUGCUAACCCUGCUACAGACCUUCCUGAAUCGAACUCAAGUUCAGCAAAGCUACACCCUGAAAACAAACUGGCUUCACUGGACAAGCCCACUGUCCAAAACACUUCCAAGCCAUAAAAGAAGAAAAGAAGCCAUUUGCUGUUGCCAUCGUAUACAAUUGCAGAAUUUGGAUGUUGCAGGCAGUUGGGUUCAGUCUCAAAACGUUUCUAGCCAUACAAUAUAGCGACAUGAUAAGAGAAAAUAACUAGUGCCAUUUAUUUUUUUUGGAGAGAAAGAGAGGGAAGAAGUCCUCAGUCAAGGACCAAGAUUUCAAAAAAAAUACCAAACAAACCUGUAAGUUACUGAAAUGAGGUGGAAAAAUGCAUCAGCAAGUUUAGGUAUGGAUGCUACUCUGAUCUUCAACAAAGCUCAAGAGAUGGUCUUCAAGCUUCCAUAACCAACUCAUUCACAAACUCAGACCAAAAUCUCAAGUCCCUCUCUCUCCCAACUCUCUUCUUUUCACUGAGUAUCUCAGGCACAAUUUAAAGGGCCAUCUCAAUCUUAAAAACAUUAGUUUGCACUGGGCCAAAUCUGAUUAUUUUAAACUUGGCAGAAAAGU